ACUCUAGCCUCCAUGGAAGUGAUUCAGACUGAGCUGCAGGGGACUGUGAAAUAUUAUAAAAAUAACUCAUCUUUUGUAUUUAAUUUGUCCUGAAAUCAACUCUGCCACGUUCACCGCGACAAGAACCAGGAUGACGGAGUAGUAGGGGAAACAAUGUUGUUUUUCUCAGUCAUCUAGCAAGCCAUCAAGCUAGCUGCCGUUAGCUCACAUAGACAGCAGCAUCAGUAACGUUAGCUGCUCAUAAUAAAAGAUAUCAGCUCUCAAGGUUUGCACUCACAGGGAAAUGUAUGUUCUGUACACAGUCAUUGCCUCUUUAGUUUCUUUUUUCCUUUUGAAAUGGAUGAAGAAAAGAAGGUAUUGCACCGACCUGACAAGACUUGAUGGCAAAACAGUUCUUAUUACAGGUGGAAAUUCUGGCAUUGGCAAGGAGUCAGCUGUUGCCUUGGCAAUGAGAGGCGCCCGUGUCAUCAUCGCUUGCAGAGACGUGGAAAAGGCUGAGAAGGCUGUCAGGGAGAUCAAGUUCCAGAGUCGCAGCCUAAACGUCCUUCACAUGGAGCUGGAUCUGGCCAACCUGCGCUCAGUAAGGAAAUUCUGUAAGAGCUUUCUCCACAGGGAGAAGAGGCUGGACAUCCUGAUCAAUAAUGCAGGCGUGCCUGGUGUCCUCGACUGGACAGACGACAGUUUCAGCAUGUGUUUUGGCGUCAACCACUUGGGUCACUUCCUCUUGACAAAUCUGCUUCUGCCUCGCCUGAAGGAGUGCGCCCCCAGCCGGGUGAUCACCCUCACAUGCUCCACAUACAAAUACCAGAAACUGGACUUCCAGGACCUCAACUACAACCUGCUGCCCUUCUUCACCUACUGCCGCAGCAAACUGGCCAACAUCUACUUCAGUCAGGAACUGGCCCGCAUCACCGAAGGGAAGGGAGUGACCUCCUAUGCUGUGCACCCUGGUCUUCUCCAGAGUCGCUGGACGUGCCACUACUCCAUCCUGUUCCGGAUGCUGAUGCAGGUGAUCAUGUGGAUGAUUUUUGUGCCGUGUGAGAUUGGAGCUCAGACUGUCAUCUACUGCGCUGUGUCAGAUGAAGCUGCCAAACACAGCGGAGGUUACUUCGCCGACUGCCGACCAGCUACUCUGCGUCCUUUCGCGAGAGACGCUGGUGUAGCAAAAAAACUGUGGGAGGCCAGUGAGAGAUUGGUGAAACUGGCCUGAGGGUGGAUGCUGGUUAUUUAUAAUUUAAUUUAAUUUUUUGAAAAGAGUCAUGUUCAUGUAUUGUUUUUGUGUGUGUUUUUUUUAAAUAUUUAUGUUUUUCAUAAACAUUUUUGUUGUGUACAAUGCAGUUGUAAAUAUUUCUUGUUAUUUUAUGUGCUUAUGGAUUUUAAAAGGAAAUGUUUUUCUUCAGUGGCACAACUUCUUUUUCUACAUUAUCAUUUUUCUCUGCACAAAUAAAAUACUUACUUGCAGU